AGAGCACAGGCGCCGGGGAACCCGGAAGUGCCCGUGCGGCGGAGCCGGAGCGGGGGAAGGUGGUGCCGGUGCGGGCUUCCCGCGUCCCGGCCGGCCCGGUGAGGGCGGGGGCACGGCGCCUCGGGGCCAGGGCCUCACACCCCUCGGAGGGGCAGUGCUUGCCCUGUAAUACAGAAAUCUUCCAGAAUGCUGGAGUCCUAUGUUACUCCUAUUCUGAUGAGUUAUGUGAAUCGCUACAUAAAGAAUCUGAAGCCUUCAGAUCUGCAGUUGUCACUCUGGGGAGGAGAUGUCGUACUUAGUAAACUUGAAUUAAAGCUAGAUGUGCUUGAACAGGAGCUGAAACUACCAUUUACCUUUUUAAGCGGGCAUAUUCACGAACUUCGAAUUCAUGUGCCAUGGACAAAAUUGGGAUCAGAGCCAGUUGUUAUCACCAUCAAUACAAUGGAAUGCAUCUUGAAAUUAAAGGAUGGGGCUCAGGAAGACCACGAAAGUUGUGGUUCCAGUUCAACAAACCGCAGCACCACGGAAAGCAUGAAAUCAGCAGUAAAACCACGACGAGUUCAGCAGUCAGCUUCUCCUGACUCUGAUUUACCCCCAGGUUAUGUUCAGAGUUUGAUCAGGCGUGUUGUAAACAAUGUUAACAUUGUGAUCAACAAUCUAAUAUUAAAAUAUGUGGAGGAUGAUAUUGUUCUCUCAGUGAAUAUUACUUCUGCAGAAUGCUAUACAGUGGAUGAGUUUUGGGAUCGAGCAUUUAUGGAUAUCUCUGCCACAGAUCUGGUACUGAGGAAGAUGAUCAAUUUUUCUGACUGCACAGUAUGUCUUGAUAAGAGAAAUGCCAGUGGUAAAAUUGAAUUUUACCAGGAACCUCUGCUGUACAAAUGUUCCUUCAGGACACGUCUGCAUUUUACUUACGAUAAUCUCAACUCCAAAAUGCCAUCUGUUAUUAAAAUUCACACAUUAGUUGAAAGUUUGAAACUUUCAAUCUCUGAUCAGCAGCUUCCUAUGUUUAUACGUAUAAUGCAACUUGGGAUUGCUCUUUAUUAUGGAGAAAUAGGAAACUUCAAAGAUGGGGAAAGUGAAGAUUUGAUUAGCCACACUAAAGAUAUGUUGGGAAAUAUCACAGGUGCGGAAGAUGAAACAAGCUCAGUAAUGCAAUAUCCUACGCAGUAUAUUAAUCAAGAUUCUUACUUACAUCAAGAUGAUGACCAGCAACAAGGAUGGGUUUCUUGGGCUUGGUCUUUUGUUCCUGCUAUUGUGAGUUAUGAUGAUGAAGAGAAUGAUUCUGGUGGAACUGAUGAUGGAACAAUGCUGCAUCAGCAGAAAUCUCAAUCCCUUAAGGAUCCUAUUGUUUCAGUUGGGUUUUAUUGUACAAAGGCAACAGUAACUUUUAAGCUCACUGAAAUGCAAGCUGAAAGUAGUUAUUACAGCCCUCAGAAGGUUAAAUCCAAAGAAGUUUUAUGCUGGGAACAAGAAGGAACCACAGUUGAGGUCCUUAUGAAAGGUGAACUUUUCUUUGAUUGCCAGAUAGGUUUUGUUGGUUGCCAAGCUAUGUGCCUUAAAGGAAUUAUGGGAAUUAAGGAUUUUGAAGAGAACAUGAAUAGGAGCGAUGAAGAGGCCUACUUCUUUAAUUGCGGAGAAAAUUUGAGUGCAAAAGGGAUGACGUACCUUACCAACUCACUAUUUGACUACAGAAGUCCAGAAAAUAAUGGUAUUCGUGCAGAAUUUAUAUUAGAUGCUGCUCAUCAUAAGGAGACCUACACAGAGAUAGCUGGAAUGCAGAGGUUUGGGGCUUUCUACAUGGAUUACUUGUACACAAUGGAAAGCACCAGUGGCAAAGUGUCUGGGAAUCAGCAAGACCUUUCUUCAGUAAAGAGUGAAGAUUUCGGAAAUGUUCAGGAGAUGUCUACAAAAUGCCUCAUUGUGGGCCCACUCCGUCUUCGACUGGAUAGCAGUGCUGUACAUCGGAUAAUGAAAAUGAUAGUUUGUGCUCUGGAACACGAAUAUGAGCCAUACAGCAGAACUAAGCCAGAUAUUGUGGAUGGAAAUAGAGCUAUGCCAAGUUCAGAAGAAGUAGCAUCAUUGGAGGAAUACAUUCCCACUCGACUUACAACUUUCACUGUUCUUAAGUGUACAGUUAUAAUCCCUGUAGCAGAAUUCAAUUUACUAGACCACUUGAUGCCAAUAAUCAUCGGUGAGAAGAAUGUAAGUGGCCAGUUAAAUGCUGCAAGCUUCCAGCCCCUGCGGCCUUUACCUUCCAUCCGAAUUUUUGUGGAUAAGGUUAACCUGGAGCACUCAGUGCCAAUGUAUGCCGAGCAAUUGGUGCAUAAGGUCAGCAGCCUCGGCCAACCGUCUGACAACCUGCUCCAUUGCUGUUACUCACACUGCUAUCUGAAGAUAUGUGGUUUUCAAGCAGCACUGACUUCUUUGGACAGUAAAGGAUUGUACUGCAUCCCUGUUCCAGUUAUUCCCUCAUUCAGUAUUGUGGUUUAUGGCAGGCUGGUCAAGUUUCCGAAAUAUUGGACCAAGCGAGCUCAUGUCCCACUAACAGAAUGCAUAUUUGAACUUCCUAAUUUGACAGUUCAAGCAACUAGAGCUCAAACCCUUCUGCUUCAAACUGUUUAUCAGAGCUGGUGUCAUCCUGUUGGAAACAUCAGUUCGGUGGUGGUAAAUGAAGCUUUACUGAGUGAGGUUUUCCAAACUUCAGGUGUGAAAUCUAAGAAUCCCCUGCCAACUCUUGAGGGCUCAAUCCAGAAUGUUGAAUUGAAGUACUGCGGCACAUCAUUGGUCAAAUGCGCCUCUGGGACCGUGGGAUCAAUAAAAAUUUGUGCCAAAGCCCCAGGUGAUGGUGGAAAAUGUAAGCUGAUUCCUUUAAUUCAAGGCCCUUCUGACACCAGAGACUUGCACAGCAGUAAAUGGCUCAAUGAGAGCAGAAAGCCAGAAUCUCUCUUAGCUCCAGAUUUGGUAGCCUUUACAAUCCAAAUUCCACAGGAUAUGGACUACUGCCAUAAUUCUGGUGCAGUGCUCUUGUCCAGUAUACAAGGAUUAGCAAUUAACAUCGAUCCAGUCUUGCAUAUUUGGCUUACCUACCAACCUCAGAAACGAGCUGGUAGACACACUCAGCAGCCUGUAGGAACUGUUCCUCUGGGUGUGUCAGUAACUCGGAAAAAAGAGGAUGAAGCAUCAGUUGGAAGUGCACCUUUGGCAAGGCAGCAGUCAAAUCAAGCCUCUGAAUAUGCCAGCAGUCCUGUCAAAACAAAAACAGUAACCGAAUCUCGUCCUUUGUCACUUCCUGUGAAAACCAUGCUGAACUCAUCUGAAAGCUGCAGAAGUCCUGAAGAAAGAAUGAAGGAAUUUAUUGGAAUAGUGUGGAAUGCAGUUAAGUGCCUUACACUUCAGCUUGAAGUACAAUCUUGUUGUGUGUUCCUUCCGAAUGAUAGUCUGCCUUCCCCAAGUACAAUUGUAUCGGGUGACAUUCCUGGGACUGUGCGAAGCUGGUACCAUGGGCAGACCAGUAUGCCUGGCACACUUGUCGUCUGUUUGCCCCAGAUAAAGAUUAUGAGUGCUGGACACAAACACAUGGAACCAUUGCAGGAAAUCCCGUUUGUUGUACUGAGACCAAUCGUGGAAGAAGGUGAUGCUUUUCCAUGGACUAUUAGUCUGCAUCAUUUCAGUAUAUAUACUCUUCUUGGGCAACAGAUGACACUUAAUUUAGUGGAACCAAUGGGCUGUACUUCUACUUUAGCUGUCACUUCACAGAAACUGCUUGCUUCGGGGCCAGAAUCCAGACACUCAUUUGUUGUCUGCCUCCAUGUCGACCUUGAGUCCCUUGAAAUAAAAUGCUCCAACCCCCAGGUGCAACUUCUGUAUGAACUGGCUGAGAUCACAACUAAAGUUUGGAAUAAAAUUCAGAGGAAAGGAAUUCUCUAUCAAUCAUCUGUGUAUACCGAAACCAUGACAGGACCUCCUCCUCCUAGCUCUCCAGUUAAAAGCAGUGUUGGCACCGCUCCACCAGAUACCAGCACGUACAGCCCAUCAGCUGAUAUUGGGACCACUACAGAGGGUGAUUCUCUUCAGGGCGGUGAUGAUUCUCCAUUCUCAGACUCCAUUACACUGGAACAAACAACAAGUAAUAUCGGAGUCUCAAGUGGACGUGUCAGCCUAUGGAUGCAGUGGAUGUUGCCAAAAAUUACUAUAAAAUUGUUUGCUCCUGAUCCUAGAAAUAAUGGCACAGAAGUUUGUGUUGUAAGUGAAGUAGAAGAUCUCAGUGCCUCAGUGGAUAUGCAGGAUGUCUAUACCAAAAUCAAAUGUAAAAUAGAAAGCUUCAAUAUUGACCAUUACAGAAACAGGCCAGGGGGAGACUGGCAGUCAGGACAUUUUGAAGGAAUAUUCCUACAAUGCAAAGAAAAGCUUUUGACAACUGCAAAACUUUUAGAUGGCUCACACCAGCAACACGGAUUUCUUUCUCUCACUUACACCAAAGCUGUGACAAAAAAUGUCCGGCACAAACUGAUAUCGAGAAAUGAAAGAAGAACAUUCCAUAAACUAUCAGAAGGUCACACUGAUGGUUCUCCUCACUUCCUCCAUGAGAUACUUCUCUCUGCUCAGGCCUUUGAUGUGGUCCUCUGUUUUCCUUUGCUUAAUGCAAUUGCAAGCAUUUUUCAAGCCAGGUUGCCAAGGAGUCAAAAAGAGAAAAGAAAAUCACCAGGCCAGCCUAUGAGGACUCAUGCUCUAACUUCCCGCAACUUGCCUCUGAUUUACAUUAACACUGGUGUAAUAAGAGUCUUCUUUCCCAAAAAUGAGGAAGAUCGUCACACUGCUGAAGCUAAUCCAGCAAUUAAAGAAGACACUUUGGUUCUCAAGAUUGGAUCUGUGUCUAUGGCUCCUCAGGCUGACAACCCUCUUAGUAGAGCUGUACUCAGAAAAGACAUUUACCAGAAAGCACUGAAUCUAGGAAUACUGCGAGACCCUGGAUCAGAGGUUGAAGACAGACAGUACCAAAUAGAUCUUCAAUCUAUAAACAUUGGUACUGCUCAUUGGAAUCAGUUGAAACCAGAGAAGGAAAAUGGAAAAGGAGGGGUUUUGACAGAGAGUGAAAGAAAUUCUCAAAAUCCAGCACUUGAAUGGAACAUGGCCAGCAGCAUAAGGCGGCAUCAGGAAAGGAGAGCGAUUUUGACUCCAAUUCUAACAGAUUUUACAGUUCGAAUAACAGCAGCUCCUGCAAUUAUAUUUACAAAAAUUGAUGCUGCAGAGAAUUUACACCAGGAGGAAAUUUUGGUGUGUGGUCAUUCUUUGGAGGUAAAUGUAACAACAAACCUGGAUUUCUUCCUCAAUGUAGCUCAAGUACAACUUCUUCAGCAGCUGAUACAAGUCAAUAUGGUUGGACUGGAACCUUCCAGUAGUACCGCUGAGGUUUCCAAACAAGAGCAGAAAAAAAUGGAUGUGUCUGAUGGAGGAACAGUUGAGACUUUGUCCCGUUAUAGUGGGGCACAGGACAGUGGGAUUGGCAGUGACAGUGUUAAGAUUAGAAUCAUUCAGAUCGAGCAGCACAGCGGUACCAGCCAGCACCGCAUUGCCCGUCCUUCCCGCCAGUCUUCCAUCGUGAAGAACCUCAAUUUCAUUCCUUUUGACAUUUUUGUUACAGCAAGUCGAAUCUCCUUGAUGACUUACUCAUGCAUUGCCUUACCUAAAUCAAAAUCGGCACAAGAUCAGAAAGAUGGUGAGAAAAUAAGCAAAAGCUCCUUGAACCUUCCAGAAGUGGGCUCAAGUGGCAACCAUGAUGCCAAGAAGCACAGUCAGCCAUCCAUUUCUUCCAUCACAGCAGAUGAUCUUUUGAACAGUAAUGUUCCCCUGUCUACUGGGAGAAAGACAGGUCUUCUGUCACUGGAAAGUCUGCAUGCUUCUACAAGAUCAUCUGCUCGACAAGCCCUGGGUAUAACUAUUGUUCGGCAGCCUGGUCGGAGAGGAGCUGGGGACAUAGAGCUACAGCCAUUUCUCUACCUCGUCAUUUCACAGCCCUCUGUGCUACUGAGCUGCCACCACAGAAAGCAAAAGGUAGAAAUAUCAGUGUUCGAUGCUGGUCUUAAAGGAGUAGCCUCAGACUACAAGUCCACAGAUCCUGGGAAGACUCUACCAGAAGCUCUGGAUUAUUGCAAGAUCUGGUUGCAAACGGUAGCAGGAGAGGCAGAUGCUAAAAGUGGUAUUCCUCCACCUCUUAUCGCUGUGCAAAUUAAAGACUUCCUUAAUGGACCAGCUGACAUAAACGUGGACAUAUCAAAACCUUUGAAAGCAAAUCUCAGUUUUGCCAGACUUGAUCAAAUAAACCAGUUUUUGAAGAAAAUCAUAACCACAAAUGAUAAUGAACCCAGGAAGGAGGCCGACCCGUCAGCUGGCAUUAUUCCAGAUGAGAAUUCCACUUCAGUAACCAGAAUCCUCGGUACAAGGGAUAAGCUACCUGCAGCACACACCCACGCUGUGCAGAAGGCUUCAGUACAAGAAAAGUUAUGGCAAGCCCUUUCCAGCUUCCAGAAAAUUUCUAUUCACACUGUUCAAAUGGUUGUUUCGAUGGAAACCAUCCCACAUCCCUGCAAACCUUGUCUGUUACUCUCCGUAUCAAACCUCAGAGGGAGCCUGAAUAUUAAAAGUGGACAUAAAACUGCAGGAAUCCAUGGAUCAUCUUUCAUCCUUGACAUAAAAGAUUUCCUACUUAAAACAAGUCUCAAAGAAAGAGCCAGGUCUCUGGUGGGCCCUUUCUGCUGCUCAGUUAAUGUGGAAGCCAAGUGGUGUAAACACAGUGGUGAUCCUGGCCCGGAGCAGUCUAUUCCAAAAAUAUACAUCGAUCUGAGAGGAGGACUGCUGCAGGUUUUCUGGGGACAGGAGCAUUUGAACUGUUUAGUUCUUCUCCAGGAGCUUCUGUGGCUGUACCUCACUAAAAAGGGCAGUGUAGAAAAAUUGGUACCUAAACGUACACACACCACUUGUUUUUCUACAGAAAGGAAUCAGGCCUCAAAAACUGAGCAUAGCUCGGAUGAUCUGAGAACUGGCCUGUUCCAGUAUAUACAAGAUGCAGAAGCACAAAAACUGCCUGGUGCCUACGAAGUUGUGUUUUACAGUGAAACUGAAGAUAGUCCAGGGAUGAUGUUGUGGAGGUAUCCAGAACCCAGAGUGCUCACUCUUGUAAGAAUUAACCCUGUUCCUUUUAAUACCACUGAAGACCCAGAUAUUAGCACUGCUGACCUUGGAGAUGUGCUUCAGAUUCCUUGCAGCUUGGAGUAUUGGGAUGAGCUUCAGAAAUCAUUUGUUGCAUUCCGGGAAUUCAGUCUGUCAGAAAGCAAAGUCUGUGAACUACAGCUACCAAGUAUCAACCUUGUGAAUGAUCAGAAAGAGCUCAUAGCCUCCGACCUGUGGAGGAUUGUCCUGAAUAGCAGUCAGAAUGUGGCUGAUGACCAAAGCUCAGAAAGUGAAUCUGGCUCACAAAGUGCAUGUGAUCAGCUUGUGACUCCCACAGCAUUAGCAGCCUGUACCAGGGUUGACUCCUGUUUUACUCCUUGGUUUGUGCCAUCACUAAGUGUGUUGAUCCAAUUUACCUGCGUGGAAGUCCACCUCUGCCAUCAUCUUGAUCAGCUAGGCACAGCACCAACAAAGUUUCUUCAGCCAUUUUCAUCUGAUAAGAACAUGCCAUCUGAACUAGAAUACAUGAUAAUUUCCUUUGUUGAGCCUCACGUAUAUCUUCGUCAAUGGAGCGAUGAGUCAGUGUUCCAGGAGAUCCAGUUUUCAACUCAAGCCGACUGUAAACUUCUCGAGUGCCGAAACAUGACUAUGCAGAGUGUUGUGAAACCUUUCAAAAUCUGGGGGCAGAUUGCUAUUUCCAGCAGCACAAUAGGAAGGCUCUUGGACUGCACAAUAAUGGUGGACCCCAUUUUCAUCAACUUUGGCCAAUACGCACUUCAUUCUCUAAAUACAGCAAUUCAAGCUUGGCAUCAGAACCAAUGCCCUGAGGCAGAGGAGUUGGUCUUCAGCCAUUUUGUGAUCUGUAAUGACACACAAGAGACACUGCGGUUUGGCCAGGUGGAUACUGAUGAAAAUAUUUUGCUGGCUAGUCUCCACAGUCACCAGUACAGCUGGCGCUCUCACAAGUCCCCACAGCUGUUACACAUCUGUAUUGAAGGCUGGGGAAACUGGCGGUGGUCUGAACCAUUCAGUGUGGACAAUACAGGGACCUUUAUUCGUACCAUUCAGUACAAGGGCCGGACAGCAUCUCUUAUUAUCAAAGUUCAGCAGCUCAGUGGAGUGCAGAAGCAAAUCCUAAUCUGCGGAAGGCAGACUGUCUGUAGUUACCUUUCCGAAAGUAUUGAACUGAAAGUGGUUCAGCAUUACAUUAGCCAGGAUGGACAGGCCGUAGUAAAAGAACACAUCAACUGCCUCACAGCCAAGCAGAAGUUGCCUUCAUAUGUCCUAGAAAAUAAUGAGCUCACUGAGCUGAGUGUGAAAGCUACAGGGGAUGAAGACUGGUCCCGAGAUGUAUGUCUAAGUUCUAAACAAACAGAACACAGCACUGUCAUUCAGGUACCAUCUUCAAAGAGUUCAAUUACAUAUGUGUGGUGCACCAUUUUGACUUUAGAGCCCAACUCUAAUGUGCAGCAACGAUUAAUUGUUUUCAGCCCUCUCUUCAUUGUAAGGAGCCAUCUUCCAGACCCAAUUAUCAUACAUUUAGAGAAAAGAAGUCUGGGACUGAAUGAAACACAAGUGAUACCAGGGAAAGGGCAGGAGAAAGCACUGCAAAAUAUAGAACCUGAUCUUACACACCACCUGACAUUUCAAGCCAGGGAGGAAGAUGAUCCAUCGGAGUGUGCAGUCCCUAUUUCAACCACGCUAAUUAAACAGAUAGCGACUAAAUCCCAUCCAGGUGGCAAUGUCAACCAAAUACUGUCCGAGUUCUAUGGCACCACUAAUCCUCCCCAGCCUACAUGGCCGUAUAAUAGGAAGGAUUCAGAUGGCAGUGAGCAACUCUCCCAGUGGGAUAGCCCAAUGCGGGUAAAGUUGUCAGUGUGGAAACCGUGUGUUAAAACUCUGCUGAUUGAACUUCUGCCCUGGGCCUUGCUUAUCAAUCAGUCCAGGUGGGACCUGUGGCUGUUUGAAGGAGAGAAGAUUGUUCUUCAAGUACCUACUGGGAAAAUAAUUAUACCUCCCAACUUUGAGGAAGCUUUUCAGGUUGGAAUAUACUGGGCAAACACUAAUACUGUGCACAAAUCAGUGGCAAUUAAACUGGUUCAUAAUGUGACCUCCCCAAAAUGGAAGGAUGCCGAUAAUGGGGAAGUAGUAACAUUGGACGAAGAAGGUUUUGUUGAAGCUGAGAUAAAACUUGGUGCUUUUCCAGGUCAUCAAAAGUUGUGUCAGUUCUGCAUUUCUUCGAUGGUUCGACAAGGUAUACAAAUUCUACAAAUAGAAGAUAAGACAACAAUAAUCAAUAGUACACCAUAUCAAAUCUAUUAUAGGCCACAGCUUUCUAUUUCCAGAACCCACUCAGGAGAAGAGGACUUCCAUUCACCAGACAGUACGGUGUUCAGCAUCAGUCCAGCUGGGACACCACCCAGUGAGGUGCUGAGUGCUGUGCCCUGCUGGGACCUGAUGUCAGACACCACUCCCUUAACUUCAGGGGUGCCUCUUACUGAAAAACGCAUGCUGCUGAGUUUCAGUCCAGGUGGCUGUGAGCUGUGGAGUCUACCAGCUGUCAUUAAACAAGAGCUUGCUAGACAAAGCGUGGCGGUGCCCACAGGGGUCUUUAGUGAAAGUGGAUUUUGUACCAGAGCUAUAGCACUCACUUACCAAGAGCAUCUUGGUGUGACAUACCUAACACUUACAGAAGAUCCUAGUCCUCGUAUAAUUAUUCACAAUAGGUGCUCUGUUCCAUUGCUUGUAAAAGAGAACUUCAAAGAUACACCAAAGUUUGAAGUUUAUUGUAGAAGGAUUCCAGCUGAAUGUUCAGUUCAUCAUGAGCUUUACCAUCAAGUCUCCAGCUAUCCAGAUUGCAAAACAAGAGAUUUGUUGCCCAGCAUUCUUCUGAAAGUGGUGUCGUACAAUGAAUUAGUAAAUGAAUGGAGUGAUUUUGUGGACAUCAACAAUCAAGGAACACAGAUUGUGUUCUUAACUGGCUUUGGCUAUGUUUAUGUGGACAUUGCCCAUCAGUGUGGAACAAUAGUCAUAACCUUGGCCCCAGAAGGAAGAGCAGGACUUGUCAAAGUCAACCUCAACAGAAGUCAAGAGCAGACCCUAUCACUGAAAAUGUUCAUCAAUCAGUUAAGUCUUGCUGCAUUUGAUGAUAUUACAAACCACAAAGUGUCAUCUGAACUUCUGCGUCUCACAGCAGACCACAUUUUCCUCCACAUGGCUCCAGCCAUGAGCUACCUGAGACCCCUAUCGCAGGAGUUCCAGUGGGACACCAUGGAAGGUCUCCCACAGUUUCAUAGUCUCCAAGUGUAUUGUGAAGACUUGCAACUAGACAAUCAGUUGUACAACAAAUCCAAUUUCCAUUUUGCAGUCCUGCUGUGCCAAGGAGAGAAAAAUGAGAGUGUGCAGUGGUCCAAAGUGAGCAACCUCACUGUUUGUAACAAAGAUUUGGAAAGCUAUAAGGAAAACUGUUUUAUAAAACUCUGCAUUGCUUUUUCUGAGGAAGAGAAUUUCAUGUUUCACAUAAACGACCUCAGCUUUGAGCUCAAACCAGCUAGGCUGUAUGUGGAAGACACCUUUGUUUACUACAUUAAGACUUUGUUUGAUACAUAUCUUCCAGAGAACAAAACCGCUUUUCAAUCCAUGCAUACUUCAGAUACUACCCUGAUGCUGCCUGAACAAGUGAGAGAGCAUGCAAGAGCUUUGGUCAAGCCAGUGAAGCUAAGAAAAUUAACAAUACAACCUGUUAAUCUCCUUGUCAGUAUUCAUGCUUCACUGAAACUGUAUAUAGCCUCAGAUCACACCCCUCUCUCUUUCUCUGUGUUUGAGCGAGGACCCAUCUUCACCACUGCCCGGCAACUUGUCCAUGCCUUGGCCAUGCAUUAUGCUGCUGGAGCACUUUUCCGAGCAGGCUGGGUUGUCGGAUCAUUGGAAAUUCUUGGGAGCCCGGCUAGCCUGGUGAGAAGCAUAGGGAAUGGCAUAGCCGAUUUCUUCAGGCUCCCCUAUGAAGGGCUGACCAGAGGCCCGGGAGCAUUUGUCAGCGGAGUUUCCAGAGGAACGACAUCAUUUGUAAAACACAUUUCCAAAGGUACACUGACGUCAAUUACCAAUCUGGCAACAAGUCUUGCUCGGAAUAUGGAUAGGCUGUCACUGGAUGAGGAGCAUUACAACAGACAAGAAGAAUGGAGAAGGCAGCUUCCAGAGAGCCUGGGAGAAGGACUGAGACAGGGGCUCUCUCGUUUAGGCAUUAGCCUCCUAGGUGCAAUUGCUGGGAUUGUGCAUCAGCCGAUGCAGAAUUUUCAGCGAGUAUCUGAGGCCCAAGCUUCAGCUGGGCAUAAAGCCAGAGGGGUCAUCUCUGGUGUGGGGAAAGGAAUCAUGGGGGUCUUCACAAAGCCCAUCGGAGGAGCAGCUGAGCUUGUCUCCCAGACAGGUUACGGUAUUUUGCAUGGAGCUGGACUUUCUCAGCUUCCCAAGCAGCGCUCUCAUCCAGAUGAUCAACGUGUUGAGCAGGCUCCAAAUAGCCACGUCAAAUAUGUCUGGAAAAUGCUGCAAUCUCUGGGAAGGCCAGAGGUCCAUAUGGCCUUAGACGUCAUGAUUGUGAGUGGAUCAGGCCAGCAGCAUGAAGGCUGCUUGCUGCUCACCUCAGAGGUACUCUUUGUGGUCAGCAUCAGCGAAGACACACAGCAACAGGCAUUCCCUGUGACUGAAAUAGAUUGUCUGGAAGAUGAUCAGCAAAAAGACGUGCUGAAGGUGCAGCUGAAACAACAGCGAGUGCCUUCUGAGUUGGAGGCAGAUGGAGCUAGAGAGAGACUAUCAGAACAACAAUACAACCGCCUUGUGGAGUACAUCACAAAGACAUCACAUCACCUCACUCCCAGCACCUCAACAGUGCCAGCAUUGCAGACCGUGGCUACUGAACACCUUCCAACUACAAUGAAAACAUACCAAUAUGUAGUUGAUCCAAAUUUUGCCCAAGUAUUCAUUAGCAAAUUCACUAUGGUGAAAAAUAAAGCCUUGAGGAAAGGAUUUAAUUAAUAAUUUGUGGUGAGUAUAGUAAUGUCUUACUGUUUUGAAAAUAAUGCUUUCUCUGCAGUAACCUACAUCAAGUAGAGUUGCAUACAAUUUUUGAGGAGGUAGGAGAUGUGAUAACAAAGCCGAAUAGCUUUUUCUAAUCUUGACAACAUUCCUGCUCCUUAGCCAAAAUACGAGUGCUGGAAGGCAAGUGUUAUAGCAGAUGAUUAAAGGGAAAAAGAACAGCCUUGGACUGUAGCUCUAUCAAAAUCUUUUUUCCUUUCAAUAGCCAAAAAUCAGAGAACAAGGAAAAAUUGUGUGCAUACAGGCAGUUUUGCCACACACACACAAUGUGUAUCAGUACCCUUUAUAUCAUAUUUUAGGGUCUGCCAGUUUCUGUUAUAAACAAGGUUUAUAACUGGGCUGUAAAAACUUGCUCAAGGCCGAGCUUUUUUCUCCCACACACGCACCCCUACCAACAUGUAUGUCCUGAGGUGAAACAUUUUCCCCCACUAAAUCUGAAAACCCCAGUGUGGCUGGUUUAAGUAAGUUACUAGUAACAGCUGGGUUGUAGCACCACUCUAACCUUAAAAUGGCUUCCUUUAUUUGGCUGAAGUUUUGCAGGACAUUAGUCCUUAAUGUAAACUAGUGCCUUUGUGUGGUUUGGAGAGCAAAACAUGAACUACAACAUGAAUUUCUUUUUAAAACUCUCUGUAUACAGAAACUUUAUUUUAUCCACUGUCAAAUGUUCAGAAUGACUUUCAGUGUAUAUAUGACAUCGUGCAUUGUCUGGUCAUUAGCUCUAAGCCAGUAAGUAACAUGCAGUUCAAAAAUUUAAGAAACAGAGCUUACUCUCCUUAAAAAUCUACCAAAAAAAUACAAGUUCAAUGUAACAUAGAUGUGCAGGUGGUAAAUAUAGCCUUGCUGGGUCUUGCUUACUUCUGAUCAGCUACUAUUACACUUGAUCCCGGAUUCAUUUUAUCAUCUCUGAACAGAUAAAACCAGGGAUAUUUAGAAACAUGACCUUUCAAACGUGUGCUAAGGAAAGUGAGAUUUGUUUUUCAAGUUGGGUGAGUGAAAACUAUGGACCCAUAGGCACCACAUACAUUAACACUUCAUGAUGCCAUCACAAUAGACUUAUGAAUAUGUUAAACACAUCAAGAUGAAAGAGCUAAGUGUCUUAUUUUUCAGAUGUUUUACAGUUUGUGAGACAAGAAAUGACUCCUUCUGGGCACAGUUUGAUUACUUUAUAAACCAAAUAUGAUUAUGGCAGUUUUAAAACCCAAAAGCUUACUUGGUGUUCAACAAUGUGUCUUACUUUUCUCCUCUUUUCCAUGUACUUAUGGACAUGAAUUUUGUAUGGGGAUUCCUGAACAUGGCCAGAAUUGGAGACAAGAACUGGAAUAAAAUCUGAUCAUCAUCUGAAGCAGAUGCAUAUGCUUUAUAGCUAGUAACUUCUAUGCAUACUUGAUAUGACCAAAUGCACAGUGAAUAAGAAUGUAGUAAUGUUUUUCAAUGUUUUUCUCAUGAGUUCUGUUUUGUUAAAAGGUAUUUGUAAAAGCCAUGUCUCUUGUGUACUGAAAAUAUAGAAGCCUGGGAUCUGCAUUGCCCUUUUCUGACUGUGAAAUAAGCCCAUCCAUUAUCAACAUUUCAUACAGUGAUUUAAUAACUUAGUCAUUGUUGAAAUAACACUGUUUAAAAAAUGUACAUGUAUAUACGCACACGUGCUUAAUACCUGAAUAUUUUAUGGAAAUAGUUUAAUACUUCUAAUUUUGCAUAUUGGUGGACAAAUUGUAAUAUAAUGAGAUUGUUUAGAGAUAAUAAAGCUAUUCCUAUAAUA